CGAAGAAAAAUCGAUAUUGUCAUGAAUUAUGACAUUAUGUAAUAAAAACAAAAAUAAAGGGAAAUCUCAUGUGGUAAAAUCAAUAAUUUCAUUUCUAUUACAUUAUUAUGCCUAGUGGUCGAGCUGUUUUGUUGCUUCGAAGAUUGUCAACGGGUGAUAACAGGUUGAAAAACAUUAAUUUAAACCAAAAUAUCUCUACAGAGCUUUUCACCAAUCCUGUGUGCAUUCACAGGGAUUUGGGCCUACACAAAAGGCUGUCAACUGUAGUGCCAAAUAGUAUCAGUCCUUCUCAGAUCACAAGAAGUUUCAGUGAUAAUAAAAUAAUAAUGGCAUCACCUAGUUCGGAAACUCCCCCAGUUGCAGAUAAACCAAAACAUACAAAUAGUUUAAUAAAUGAAAAAUCGCCCUACUUGCUUCAACAUGCUCACAAUCCUGUCCAAUGGUAUCCUUGGGGUCCAGAAGCUAUAGAAAAGGCAAAGGUGCAAAACAAAUUGAUAUUCUUAUCAGUGGGCUAUUCCACAUGUCACUGGUGUCAUGUUAUGGAAAAAGAGUCCUUUGAGAAUGAAGAAGUUGCAAAAAUUAUGAACGAACAUUAUGUUAAUAUCAAAGUCGAUAGAGAAGAGAGACCGGAUAUUGAUCGUGUUUAUUUAUUAUUUGUCAUGGCCUCCACAGGAAGUGGGGGCUGGCCCAUGUCUGUCUUCUUAACUCCAGAUCUUCAACCAGUCACUGGAGGUACCUAUUUCCCUCCAGAAGAUCGCUGGGGCCGUCCGGGUUUCAAAACGGUUCUUCUGACUCUAGCUAAAAAAUGGAAAGAAAAUCAACAACAAUGUCUAGAAGCUGGCCAGCAUGUAAUUUCAGCAUUGCAACAAUUAUCUCUUGAUGACAAUUUAUCCUCGGUAGUUCCAGGAGAGGGUACUUGGGACAAAUGUGUUCAGAAAUAUAUGUUGAUUUAUGAACCAGAGUUUGGUGGAUUUGGUAUGGCCCCAAAAUUUCCUCAAGCAUCAAUUUUCAAUUUUCUCUUUCAUUACUAUGCUAGAGAUAAAUCAAAUACUGAUGGAAAAAAAUGUCUAGAAAUGUGUUUGUACACAUUGACUAAAAUUGCAAAAGGAGGCAUUCAUGAUCAUGUAUCCAGUGGAUUUGCACGUUAUUCGGUUGACAAUGAUUGGCAUGUUCCUCACUUCGAAAAGAUGUUGUAUGACCAAGCUCAAUUGGUAGUUGCUUACACUGAUGCCUUCCUGGCAACUAAAGAUGAAUUUUAUGCUGUUGUAGUCCAUGAUAUCAUCAAAUAUGUUAACAGAGAUCUGAGACAUGAAUCUGGUGGGUAUUACAGUGCUGAAGACGCAGAUUCGUAUCCUACAUUUGGAACUACCAAGAAAAAAGAAGGAGCAUUCUGUGUGUGGGAAUAUAGUGAACUAAAAGCACUAUUGAAUGAUAAAAAGAUAAAUGAAAUAUCUUACUUGGAUAUUUUUUGUGAAUAUUUUUCUGUUAGUGAAGAAGGUAAUAUAUCUCCGGGUAGUGAUCCACAUGGGGAGCUGGUAAACAAAAAUGUUUUAAUCAUAUAUGAGAGCAAAGAAGAAAUUUCAAAAAAGUUUGGUUUAAACAUUGAACAAUUUAACCAAGUCAUCAAUGACUGUAUAAAGAUUGUGUACGAAGCACGUCAAAACCGCCCCCGUCCAGAUUUAGACACCAAAAUACUGUGUUCUUGGAAUGGAUUAAUGCUGUCAGGAUUGGCACAAGCUGGACAAGGUUUGGGCGAAAAAUGCUAUGUUGAGGAUGCUAUUAAGACUGCAAAUUUUAUAAAAGAGAACCUUUAUGAUGUAUCCACAAAUACUUUAUUGCACUCCUGCUACAGAGAUGAAAAUGGAGCCGUCAUGCAAAUAGGAAAACCAAUAAAGGGUUUUUUGGACGAUUACGCAUUUCUUAUCAAAGGCCUUCUCGAUUUGUACGAAGCAUCAUUUGAUCGGCGUUGGUUGAAUUGGGCUCGUGAAUUGCAAGAUAAACAAAAUGAAAUGUUCUGGGAUUCAGAAGGUGGAGGUUACUUUACAUGUUCAACCGAAGAUAAAACUAUAGUGUUGAGACUUAAAGAAGAUCAAGAUGGUGCCGAACCGUCCGGUAAUAGUGUUUCGUGCCACAACCUCCUAAGGUUCGCGGCAUACGCUGAUAAGAGUGAUCCACAAAAUAGCGGCGAGAAGGAAAGGGAGAUGGCGAAAAAAAUACUUGUCGCUUUUGCCAAACGUCUUAAUGACUCUCCCACUGCCCUACCAGAAAUGAUGUCCGCACUGAUGUUUUAUAGUGACUCUCCUACACAGGUGCUGAUCUCGGGGGGCCGCUCGGACCCGCGCACGCUGGAGAUGGUGCGCGCGGUGCGGACGCGGCUGCUGCCGGGCCGCGUACUGUGCGUGGCCGACCCCGCCGACACGCCCGCCGGUAUGUCCGACAUACUGUUACACCGUGUGAGGUCUGCGGGCGACGUGCCCACGGCGUACGUUUGCCGCCGCUACGCGUGCUCUCUUCCCGUUACGGACGUCAAGCAACUCGAGAACUUGUUAGACGAAACACCAGCUGCUGUGGCUAAGAAGUAGCCUAGCAGAAGUCAUAUUAUACUGCUGCUACAAAUAUAACAUUGAAAGCCUGUCCUGGUGAAACUGGAAAGGCCUCCGGGCCACCAGUAAUCCUAAAAAAAAAAAACAUUGAAAUUUUUAUUUACAGGAAAAACUAAGGUAUUCACGGUAUCUGCGGGCUCUGGCUUUCGUGACCUUUUAACACCAUUGUGCUUAGUGCGAGUUUUUUAACGUUCUCGAUAGCGUAAAAGUUAACUAAAAUUUGUAUGAAGUUGGAACGUUCGCCUGCGUUUGCCGCUAGGGGCGCUGUUACACUAAGCACACGGAUGGGCGGUGAGACCCUCUUCCUGGUCUGUUUUCACAUACACCGUCUGCUAGCAGAGGUGAUGCCCCAACAUAAAGGAAAUUCAUUAAAAAUAAGUCAUAAUUUUCCUUAGCAUAAGGCAAUAAGAAUAUCAGUUUUGUGACUACACUAAUAGGGAACCUAUAUAUGCCUAUAAAUUAUACUAGUCAGCAUUUUUAAUGAAAAUUAUAUCCCAUCACUAAAUUUGUUCUAAUAUUCGGAAGAUUUCGAAGUUCGUUAAGUAAAGUUCUGAGGCUGCACCACGGACCACCACAGGCAAGUUUAGCCCUAUCACCUGAAAGAACCUGAAAAAAAAUCUCAUGAUAUCAUAGAGUGCAUAAUCUAUAGACGCAUAACAUUCUGAUAUUGAACAAUGCAGAAUACUGACAACUUAAUGAGGCGCAUCGCGGGAUCGCUAGUUUUUACAAGGUAGGUAUACAAAUGACACUGCAAUUGUUCCACGGUGCACAUAAUUAGAAGAGUUUUAUUAUGUGCUGUUUUAGACUUUCAUUUGGAACAGAAAUAUAAAAAUGCUUAGUCUUAUUAUUGUGGUACUCCUCUAUUGGUCAUGUACCGUUAAAAUAUAUCUAUUAAAUAUAUAUUGAUUCGAUUGCCAAAUGUGUGUUGAUGUUUUCCUGACAAUUUUAUUAGUAAACAAAAAUACACGCUUCUGUUAAAACUAUUAGAGUGCACCAUCGUUCGUAAUAAAUAAAAUAUGGAACUACGAUUUUUUAAAUCGUGAUUGUGUAAGUGAUGAUUAAUCAUAACUAUACUUUUUCGUGUUACCCAUAAUAUAUAUUACAUAACAUAGUGACAUAGUAAUUAGCCAUAGCCGUGCUGUAAUUUUGCAAACAAAACGAUAUAGCCGAUAACAUUAUAUUUUAUAACGAUUGCACACAAGAGUUUUUAUAUCGAUUUUUCUUAGAAACUACUUUUACAGUGUUCGGGGCUUGGGAUAUACUAAAGUAGACCUUAUGUUUAACAGAUCAUUGGUUAUUUCAAACUAUAAAAAGCACUCAACUUCGGUUUCAGAUGCUUUUAACCAAGGUUGAUUUCUACCCUUUAAUUUUGUGAAAUAGAUCUAACCGCUUUUAUAUUUAAAUUUAUCGAAAUCUCUAGAAUAGUGCUAUUUAACUAACAAAAGUGUAAGAUCUGACAAAUUCAGAUCUCAACGCGUGUUUAAAAUCUAAAUAUCUCUUAUAAGUAGUAGUAGUCAGUCAUUUAAAUUAGCUAUAAACACAUAAUUUUAAUCGAUGAUCUUCAUUUAUAUUGUUUAAUUGAAAAAUAAAUUUUAAGUCGCUCGAAGGUAAAUGUUAAGGCUGAGAAAACUGAUUGGUUCACUCAUUCGAAAUUUCAGUCUGAGAAUUGUUUUGUGAUGACGUGCAAUUUAAGUCACGAAAAGUCAUGAAAUGGCUAUACGGUACGUUUAUUUCAUAAUAUUUAUUGAAAGAACAUAUUGCUUGGAGCAUAUUUUAAGUUUUCGUGAUAUUUUAUUUAAUAAAUAUUAAACGUUA